UUUUCUUCAAUUCUUCUCCUUCUUUGCAGUUUCAUUAAAACCAAAUUUCACCAUAAAUAACUCCUACUUUAUUGACCUGACCUCUAAACCUUUAUAUUACUAUUACUAAAGUGUUCAAGUAUAUAUAGCUGCCAUUUGUAGGUGACUUGAAUGAAGGAUAUGCAAGCAAGUAACAAACAGAUACGGCAUUUGGAAGAAAUAGAUCAACAAAAAUGGGACCUGAGGAGCCUGAAGAGAACAUCACUCACAUGGAUGUUUCGCUGUAUACGGCAGCAGCUGAAGGCAACAUUGAAGUAUUCAAUAAUAAGCAGGGGCUUAAGCUUGAUUCGCUAAAGACCCGAAACCGUGACAGCGUGCUGCAUGUUAACUUGGCAACCGAGGAGAUUGCUGCCUGGCUUUUUAACAGAUUUAGCUCAAUACUCAACUUCCUCCCUGUACUAUAUGAAUUCUUCCCCGUAGAAUAUGUACCAUUCUAUCGGUCUUUGAGUAUUUUCAUUACUAUGAUAAGAGGAGAAAAAAGAUCAGAUUUUAUCGAAAAAAUUCUCAGCAAGUGUCCGUCACUGCUACUCGAAAAGAAUGCUAAAGGUCAAACUCCUUUGCACGUUGCAGCAAGGAAUGGACAUUCUGCUAUUGUGAAACUUCUAAUCAAGUACUGCCCAAAAGCUAGAGAGGGAGAUUUAGAGCUGGGAAUGGAUCAAGUAAGUGCAGUGAGGGAGAUGCUGAGGAUUACGGAUCAGGAAUCCAACACGGCUUUACAUGAAGCAGCAGGGUGUGGCAAUGUGGAAGUGGUAAAAGCAUUGUUGGAGUUUGAAGACCCUGAUUUUCCGUAUUCUGCCAACAAAAAACAGGAGACUCCACUUUACAUAGCAGCUAAGAGAGGAGACGGAGGCGUGCUGAGAGUACUAUUAGAUAAAUCGACAUCAACAGCUCAUGGCGGCCCCCACGGUAGAACAGUUUUGCAUGCAGCAGCUAUGGUUAAAAAUGCAGAGGAGGCAAUAAGGGUAAUAUUAGAGAAGAAGAGGAAUUUGACAAGUGCAAAAGAUGAAGAUGGACACACCCCUCUUCAUUAUGCUGCACACUUGGGUUUCAAGUCUGUAGUGGAAGAACUGUUAAAAUGGGAUGUAUCAGUUGCCUAUAUAGGUGAUAGAAAGAGGGGGUUGACACCCGUUCUUAUGGCAGCCAGGCAAGGUUAUCUUGAAACAGUUUCAAAGAUUCUCUCUUUAUGUCUAGAUUGCUGCGAAAAUGUGGACAACAAAAGUUUGAAUUUACUUCAUUAUCUGGCUUUUAGAGGCUCUGCCUCUCCAUUAGGACGUUCUCUUUUCAAGCGUGGUAGCAUUGAGAUUGUAUACAAAUUACUUAGAAAUCUAAUGGAGAUGGAAGGUGCUUUUGGAAUGACACCUCAAGAAGUUUAUAGUGUACUUCGAUCUGAGAAACAUCAUCAGAAGCAGAAGCAAAUCAAAGAAUUUUUGGGAGAAAUUGAGAAUGAUCAAGUGGCGGACCAACUAGUUAUUCGAUUUGGCGUACGAAAUAUUUGUAAAGAAAGCUUGGAGAAGACAAAAAAUGCUCAUUUAGUAGUGGCAGCACUUAUAGCCACCGUCGCAUUCGCAGCAGCAAUAACUGUUCCAGGUGGUUUGCAAAGUGAAAAAGGGUCAGAGCAAGGAACUCCCCUUUUGAUUGAUGAGGCAGCCUUUAAAGCAUUUGUUGUAACAAAUGCAAUGGCCUUUAUUUUCUCUGUUUCUGCCCUCACCACCCACUUUGGGGUUUUGGAUAAUCUAUUAUCACGAUUUAGUUUUUGGCGUGAAACAGUUUUAUAUCGAACUUGGUCUGUUUCUGGGAUCCUUGGCUAUGCAACGGUUGCGAUGAUGAUUGCUUUCAGCACAGGUAGUUAUGUAGUCUUAAAACCUUCCCACGAACUUGCCAUUGUUUCUUAUUUCAUCUGGCCUGUCUUUUUUUUCUGUAUGUGGCUAAUUUUGAAUUGAAUCCUACAAUACAUAAGUAAAAUAUAAA